AACAGCAGCUGCAGCAGCGGGUGCAUUUCGAAGUUCCCCUCAGUCGUGUGCAACCUGGCCAAGUCGGCGGGAGCGGAAUGCGGAGAGUCUGAAUGAGCGAGCCGCGUUGGCGCCGACAGUGUGGCUACUUUUGUCGAGAACUGGGACACAUGAAACGUGAGUGCCCAAAGUUACUGGCUCGGAGGCAGGACAUUGGAAGUGUGUGACCCAAAGUGGGCCAACUUCAGGCCGGCAAAGUGCAAGAGGAGGAGGAAGAUUGGGAGAAGGACAAGCAAGAAGGAGGUGGUGAUGAAGGACAAUCAGCUCUGACCUCUGAGGGGGAAGCGACCCAGGCGGGAGCUCCCCAAGGACAUCGAGCGGCUCGUCUGGUGUAAGGCGGACCCUCUAUGGGGUUUCUCCGAGCCAAAAAUGUGAACGUAAAGUGGGGACGUCGUUCGGGAGCCGUGGACUGGAGUCAAAUGGAGUGGUGAACUUUGGAGUUGUCGAAGCUGUAGCCCGAGACUGUUGUUCCUUUAGGGGCGGUUGCAGAGCUCUGGAGGGAGGGAGAGAUGUUGCCCGGUGCCCCGGAAGCAGGACCUCUUUCUGCUGUUGCUUUGGCAAAGUGUGGAGGGGGAAGCAGCUUUUCAAGACAUUGGGGGGCAGAGGGUGUUAAUUGAAAGAUCAAUGGUUGAGUCUCUGCAGCUGGGUGUAUCGACAGUAAUUGAGGACGGGGUGGAAUAAAAAGUGUGGCAACUGCUGAAAAUGGGUUGGGAGUGAAAAAGUUUACAGUUGGGCAGACUUCAGUCUGGGUUGACAGAUGUUGAAUCUGGAACUUUGUGGGGAGGAAUGUGCGGGAGCAAUCUGGUGCUUUUGGGUGCUGAAGGGGUGACUGCGAUCACAUUACGAGGGCUAACCCACUUCACCGUUCAUUUUCGGGUGAAAUAUAGCUUCUUCCCUAACCUCGACCCAUGUAGGGGUGGAGUUUGACUCCGGGUCCUGGUGGUAGCUGGACGGUGUUUGGGGAAACAUAAUUUUUUGGUGCAAGCAGAGAGGCGCCAGGCAGUUCCGUGCUCGCUGUGCCUGGCCACCAGAUGGGACGGUCACCUGCAAGCUCUCACACUCCUUAUGGAGUUGAAAACAGAAACAUGUUAUCUGCAACCUAAUGGUUUAUGGCCAAGGUCUUGGUUUGUGAAGAUGGUCUCUAACCAGGCAUCGUGUACAGUCUCGUGGUUCUGAUCAAGCCCCAAACACAAGGGGGCUGCACACCACAACCCAGUUGUCGGCUGGAGUCUUCCAGUCACUCUGCCUUCGACGGGCCGGGCUGCUGGGAAGUUACUAUGCAGCUUGGACUGUGUGUAGUGGCGUUUUUUCUGAGCUUGGUGGAUCUUGCAGACAGCAGCAACAGCAGCAAGGCCUUGAAGGGCAAGAGGCAAAGACGAAUCAGCACAGAGAUGAGCCAGGGCUGUGCUAAAGGGUGUGACCUGUGCUCCGAAUUCAACGGGUGCCUCAAGUGCUCAUCCAAACUCUUCAUCCUUCUGGAGCGGAACGACAUCCGCCAGAUUGGCAUCUGCCUGCCUUCUUGUCCACUGGGCUAUUUUGAUGUGCGCAAUCCAGACAUGAACAAGUGCAUGAAAUGCAAAAUUGACAACUGUGAGGACUGUUUCAGCCGAAACUUUUGCACGAAGUGUAAGGAAGGCUUGUACUUGCACAAAGGAAGAUGUUAUGCAACCUGCCCCGAGGGCUUCUCUGCUGCCAAUGGUACUAUGGAAUGCAGCAGUCCUGCACAAUGUGAAAUGAGUGAGUGGGGGCCAUGGGGCCCUUGCUCUAAGAAAAGAAAGCUGUGUGGCUUCCGGAGAGGCAACGAAGAGCGCUCCCGGAAGAUCCUGCAGGUGUCCCCUGGGGAUGUGUCUGGGUGUCCUGCCACCACAGAGCUCCGGAGGUGCACAGUGCAGAGAAACCAGUGCCCAGAAGGACGGAAAAAGAAAAAGGAAGAACAAGGAAAGCAAGACAACAUGAAUGAAGAUAGAAACCGGAAAGAGACCAAAGAAAGCAGGUCUGGGAUUAAGAGAAGGAGAGACCAGCCCAGAGGAACAGCUGUGCCUAUAACCUCUGCUCAGUAGUUGUCCCUCCACAGCUGUGUGAUGGCCAUCUCCAUUGCUGCUGCUAUGUAUAUGAAAGCUUUAUUGAACCAGAACACACACACACACCCAAAAAAAACAAAUCAGAUAUGACUGGGUGGACAGACAGAUUCUUCUGGCCACAUGUGGACAAACACAAAAAUUCAGGCCCUUCCAUAUUCAGCAUAGGACAUCCGAAACAGCCAGAUUCAUUGAGAGAACAGCAAGGUACUCUCGGGGCAUUCUUGAGUGCCCCAGACUAUACAUCAGGAAGCAGCAAGGAAAGAAAACAUGUCCUUCAAGGAAGGCCAGUGAGUGAACAUCUCCAGCUGAAGUCACCAUGGAAAUACAACGUAAUACAGUUUCCAGUACAAAGGAUGAGAUUGAACUUCGUUUGCUGAAAAUCUGGAAAUGCACAAAGGCUUUCUUUCAAGGCCUCUGUAUUGUGAUUCAAGCUGUAUCAUUGAGAAUACGUGUUAAAUGUUUGUGAUACUUGUUCAGGUGUGUCAGCUCUGAAAUUGCUUCAA